CUAUAUGUCAUCGAGAAAACCCUAAUAGUAAAAGUGCAACUCAGAAGAGAAGAGAGGAAGAUGGAAUCCUUGACAGAUGAUCUAUGGACGAUGGUACUUGCGAGAUUACCGAUUAAGAGCUUCACAUGUUUCAAACUUGUUUGCAAGCAGUGGAAAUCAAUAGUAGAAUCUCCGUUUUUUCGUAACCUUUUUAGAUUCUUCCACCAAAUCUCGCCCUCUUCUUCAUGGUCGCUCAUGUGCAGCUAUGGUAUUGCCUCAGAGAUGGUGGGUCUCUACCAAUGCGAUACAUGGGGACUUAAGCGAUCUUUGGGCUCUUUCAUCGAGUCUUUCCUGACCGACAAGUACCACAAGUCCAUAUACGGACGAGUCAGAGUCAAGGCUUACUCCGAUGUUGGGUUGAUUUUGAUCCAUAUAAAGUCAACCCUCAUGGAGAAGGGAUCCCUCUACGUGGCUAACCCGGUUUCACGGGAAUGCGUAGAAAUCAUUCUUGAUGUGCUUCCUAUAGGGUUUGAAACGGACGAAUAUCUCUGGGAAUGGGGACUUGUCACACGAACUGAGAACGGCCACCUUUUGGGUUACAAGAUUGUCCUCUUUGAUAAAAAGUUGGGAGAUAGGAAGUUAAGCUGUCUUAUAUAUUCAUCUGAGACAGGCUUGUGGAGUCUCGAAACUUUACAUCUUCCUUAGUCUUUAUACUUCAAUUGUUUAGAGUAUCCGAUUAGCUUGAACGG